AAAAAAAAAAACAACCACUGUUGCAUUUAUUAAGUGCCAACUGUGUGCUGGGCUCUGUGCUUCCCCUGCCUUAUCUCAUUUAGCAUCCAGAACUAGGGGAGGUGGGAGGACUCCCAAAGGUCACGCUGGGGACCUCAGGGCUCCAGAGAGCCUGGAGAGCCUCCUUACUUUCCUGAAGGAUGUUAUCUGUAGAAAGAGAGAUAGAGGCCGCCAAUUCUGGACCAAAGGGCAAAGGCCCAAAGCACCCACACCCUUCCUGCUACCAGCAUUAAGCUUUAUCCUCAAGUGCCUAAGGUCAGGAGGGGGAGGGCCCCAGCUGGCCCUAGGAGUCUGGUGACUUCCCAAUCACUGUCUCCUCUGAGUUUUUCUCAUCCAUUCCCCAGGGGCGUGGGAUUUGGCUAUGGGGGGACAGAUGGGGUCCAAGAGGACUCACAGGGGGGGAAGAGAAGGAUAAGGGUAUGUCUCCUUUUCCCUUUCUACUUGGGGAGGAGGGGCUCUCCUAGGGGAUCCCUACCCUAAAUCCCUUCUUCUGCAGUCUCAGCAAUGAAAGGAUGACCUUGGACUUUAGGACUAUGGGAGGGGGUGCAGUCCCAGAGAUCAGCCCCAGAUGGGACUGGGAUGGGGGUGGGGAUGGCAGGGGGGAAGUAAGUGCUUCAGACAGGACAGCCCCUGCCUGCCUGUGCCUCAAUUUCCUCUCCAGUGGCACAGCCUCUCAGGCUAUCACCACACUCCCCUCCUCCCUUGUGCUCUAUAAUCUAAAUUCUCCACCCACUGGCAUCAAGGACAUGGAGAUCCAGGGCAGAGGUCAGGGACCUGCUCCUAGGGACAGGCAUAGCCUGGGUAUGCCUGCCCUGAUGGCCUGCACAUGGCCUAAGCACCUAGAGGCCUCUGGGGUAUAGACACAUAUUUCAGACUGUCCUUCAGCUGCAUGGCAUGGGAAUCCCCCAGUAGGUGGGAAAAUGGAGGGAUAACUGGACUCCCAGAAUGUGACCACUCUCAAAAAAUCACAGCCCACCCCAACUGACUGAUCCUAGGGUCCAGACAAAGUGUCUUUGGGUUUCAUAGUGGGGGAGCUUCCCAGAAAAGAAGGCACAGCCAGUAGGCCUCUGGACACCACAAGAAGAGGGAGUCAUUUAAGGGGUGCUUGCUAUAUGCUGAUUGCAUACAUUUUGAGACAGGGGAAAGGGCCACCCAACAUCUUCGAGGAGAAAAUAGAAAAUUACAAAUGGAAAGGAGUUGUAAUUGGGGUGUUUGUACCCCCCACUCCAUGGGCCCUGGCCCAACCACCACGCACCCCAAUGCAGCUGUCUAACCAUCUAUCUCCAACUUAACAAAUAUUUACUUGGUACAAAGCCACUGAUCCUGGGGAAGGGCAGUGGGCAGGCCAAAAGGCCAGUCUCAGGUAGGGAAAUAAGAGAGGGCCUGACAGCCCCUUGAGAGAAUCCCUAACCCUCCUGGCCUCAAGACUCCCUUGGAAAAGCAGGAGAACUCUACUCUCGCUGUUGGGCUGGGAUCCAGACGAGAAGGGGGACAGUGAGACGGGCUGGCCACCAGCUGCCCUGCCACCCCCCUCUGCCCCAGGGCCUCUGGGCAACUGGAAGAACAGGACUUAGAAGCUUUCUGUCCUUGUGCAAAUGGGAAGACUGAGACUCCAGAAGGCGUGGGUCUGCAGAAGACUAGUGCGGACGUGUGUCCUUCCCCUCAACUUCUGGUGGAUCUACGCGCCCCUCUUAGGAGGGGGGAGUAUCCGCAAUGCCCCCCGGGAAUUGAAGCUUUCUGGGUUGCUAUGGCGCCAGAGGCGGGGCGGGCGCUCGGAUCCACUCGGCAGUUUGGUCGGGGGGAGGGGCUCUUGGAGGCCCCGCCCCGGCCCCGCCCCCGCCGGCAUGCGGCCCGCCCCGACUGAGCUCUGGCUGUGCCUGGCCCUGGCCCUGGCCCUGGGCUUGGCCCUUGUUGGCCCCCUGGCUGCGCGGGCGGCCUCGGCCCGGGCCCCUAUCUAUGUCAGCAGCUGGGCUGUGCGGGUGUCCCAGGGUUCCCAGGAUGCGGAGCGCCUGGCACGCAAAUUCGGCUUCGUCAACCUGGGGCAGAUCUUCCCUGACGGACAGUACUACCACCUGCGGCACCGGGGUGUGGUCCAACAGUCCCUGACCCCACACUGGGGCCACCGAUUGCGCCUGAGGAAAGAUCCCAAGGUGCAGUGGUUCGAGCAGCAGACGCUGCGGCGGCGGGUAAAGCGUUCCUUGGUGGUGCCCACAGAUCCCUGGUUCUCCAAGCAGUGGUACAUGAACAACGGGGUGCAGCCGGACCUGAACAUCCUGCAGGUCUGGAACCAGGGACUGUCUGGCCAGGGCAUUGUAGUCUCCGUGCUGGAUGAUGGCAUCGAGAAGGACCACCCAGACCUCUGGGCCAAUUAUGACCCCCUGGCCAGCUACGACUUUAAUGACUACGACCCGGAUCCCCAGCCACGCUACACGCCCAGUGAUGAGAAUCGGCAUGGGACCCGCUGUGCUGGGGAGGUGGCAGCUAUUUCGAACAAUGGCUUCUGCGGUGCAGGUGUUGCCUUCAACGCCCGAAUCGGAGGUGUGCGCAUGCUGGAUGGCACCAUCACUGACGUCAUUGAGGCACAGUCACUAAGUCUGCAGCCCCAGCACAUCCACAUCUACAGUGCCAGCUGGGGCCCUGAGGAUGAUGGCCGCACGGUGGACGGCCCUGGCAUCCUCACCCGUGAGGCCUUCCGGCAUGGUGUGACAAAGGGCCGUGGCGGCCUGGGCACACUCUUCGUCUGGGCAUCAGGCAAUGGUGGCCUUCACUACGACAACUGCAACUGUGAUGGCUACACCAACAGCAUCCAUACGCUGUCUGUGGGCAGCACCACCCAGCAGGGCCAUGUCCCCUGGUACAGUGAGGCCUGUGCCUCCACUCUCACCACCACCUAUAGCAGCGGUGUUGUGACCGACCCCCAGAUUGUCACCACGGACCUCCAUCACCAGUGCACGGACAAGCACACGGGCACCUCAGCCUCAGCCCCGCUGGCCGCAGGCAUGAUUGCCCUGGCUCUGGAGGCCAACCCGUUCCUGACAUGGAGGGACAUGCAGCACCUCGUGGUCCGUGCAUCCAGGCCAGCGCAGCUCCAGGCUGAGGACUGGAGGGCCAAUGGCGUGGGGCGCCAAGUGAGCCACCACUACGGCUAUGGGCUGCUGGACGCUGGUCUACUGGUGGACAUGGCCCGCACGUGGCUGCCCACGCAGCCCCAGAAGAAGUGUGCCAUCCAGAUCCUGCACAACCCCACCCCCAUCCUGCCACUCAUGCACGUGGGGAACAACGUGUCCGCCUGUGCCGGCAGCCGCAACUAUAUCCGCUCACUGGAGCAUGUGCAGGUGCAGCUGUCACUGUCCUACAGCCGCCGUGGGGACCUGGAGAUCUCUCUCACCAGCCCCAUGGGUACCCACUCCACCCUUGUGGCCAUCAGACCCCUGGAUGUCAGUGGUCAAGGCUACAACAACUGGAUUUUCAUGUCCACCCAUUUCUGGGAUGAGAACCCACAGGGCUUGUGGACCCUGGGCUUGGAGAACAAGGGCUACUAUUUCAACACAGGGAUGCUGUACCACUACACGCUGCUGCUCUACGGGACAGCCGAGGACAUGACAGCUCGGCCCCCAGGCCCCCAGGUGACCAGCAGCGCGUGUGUGCAGCGGGACACAGAGGGGCUGUGCCAGGAAUGCCACAGCCCCGCCUACCUCCUGGGCCGGCGCUGCCUUGCCUACUGCCCCCCGAGAUACUUCAACCACACGCGGCGCACAGUAACCUCGGGCCCCGGUCGCCCAGUUGGGCCCGCGCUGAGGGUGUGCGCCAGCUGCCACGCCUCCUGCUACACGUGCCGCGGGGGCUCCCCAAGCGACUGCACCACCUGUCCGCCGUCCUCCACGCUUGAUGAGCGGCGGGGCUCCUGCUCUGGGCCCACCGUCCCCCGCGGCCACCCUCAGCCCACCACCUCCGCCUGCUCCAGCUACCCUGCCCGGGCCCUGGUGCCGGUCCGGCUGGCUGUGGCCAUUGGUGGCCCCCUCCUUUUUGGCGCAUCAGUGCAAAGUCAACUGACCGCCAUUGGUCCGGCCCCCUGAUGUCCGGGGGUGCCCACCCCGUUACCCCCUAGGCCCAGCUGCCUGCUGGAACCACGAGUCUUCAGAUAUGGAGCUUGGACCCGCCCCUGCCUGGGCCCCAGAGGUCACUGGGUCCCGCCCCUGCUAGACUGGCCCAGAGGGGUCCAGCUGGCCAGGUGGAACCUCAAAGCUGGGCCUGGCAGCUCCAGGUAGAGAAGAGAGGAGUUUCCUAUACAUUUUGGGUUUGGGGUACUGGGAGGGAUGGGGCAGAGGCCAGACCACAACCACCAUCUCUCCCCUGCCCCAGAAUCCCAGGGAAGGUGGAGGGAGAAAAACAUGAUGCUAUCCAGUCUCCAGCACCGUGUCUGACCUCAGAGUUUGCAAAUAAAGGUUGAA